UUCCCCCAACCUUGCAAUUAUUACACUAUUCAAUCAACACAAAGUCCCUUUAUCUCUUCGGCUGCACAAAACAAAACACACACAAUUCAUCUCUUGCCAUUGAAAGGCAAUGGCAUUUGCAGGUACAACUCAGAAAUGCAUGGCAUGUGAGAAGACUGUAUAUCUUGUAGACAAGCUCACUGCAGACAACAGAGUCUUCCACAAGGCUUGCUUUAGAUGCCACCACUGCAAAGGCACUCUCAAGCUAGGGAACUACAACUCUUUUGAGGGAGUUCUCUACUGCAGGCCUCACUUUGAUCAGCUCUUCAAGAGAACCGGCAGCCUAGACAAAAGCUUCGAAGGCACACCCAAAAUUGUGAAGCCAGAGAAACCAGCAGAUUUUGAGAAACCUAAUGCUAACAAGGUUUCAACCAUGUUUGGUGGGACAAGGGAUAAAUGCCUUGCCUGCAAGAACACUGUCUAUCCAACUGAGAAGGUAAGUAUCGAUUUAGCUUACGAUGUAUUUGGAUGCCCGAGUCACUUCAACAAGUUAGGUGCUAAUACU